CUCUCUAACGAUAAUGGAAAAGCUAGGUUCAUUCUCUCUCCUAUGUUUUCUCUGUCUAGCCAUACUCCUCCAUGUCCAACGAAUCUCAGCCGUUGAAUCUCCCAAUUCUGAACCCAACAAUACCACAGAUUUCAUCCGUACCAAGUGCAACGCAACUUCAUACCCUGAGCUCUGCUACACUUCGCUCUCCGGCUUCGCCAACGCCAUCAAGGAGGACCCGGCUCGGCUUGCUAAAGUCGCCAUAGCCGUCAGCCUCUCGAAAGUCAAGCACAUGGCCAACUACGUCGCCAACAUCUCCCGCCAAGCCGACAAGGGCGGCAACAAGCGACUCGCCGAAGCCGUCGAUGUCUGCUUCGAGGUGUUCGGCGGCGCCGUCGAGGGGAUUCGCGACUCGCUCAGUCAGAUGAAGCGUCUCCACCGUCCCGGCCAGUCGCAGUCGCUGGGGUUCCAGAUUAGCAACGUGCAGACGUGGAUGACCGGGGCGCUCACGUGCCAGGACACGUGUACGGACGCAUUAGAGGAAAUCGACUAUGGUGGUCCGGUGAAGACGGACAUCUGUGAUCGUGUUGUGGAGGUUUAUGACGUCACCAGUAAUGCGCUUUCGUUGGUGAAUUCUUACGCUGAUACUGUUGCGGCUCGGUGAUGGAGCUUUGUUGACCGUUCGAUCAUGACUCGUAAAUGAGAUUUCUUUUUCCCAGUAUGGUAGAUUCUUUAAUAUAUUAUGGAAGAAGAGACUAUGAGAUUAAUAUUUACUAUUUAGUUGAUUAUUUACCCAAAAAAGAAAAAAAUAUGUAGUUGAUGAGUGUACUGUAAGUGCUAUUUUUCUCUAGUCGGUGAGUUAUAGUAGCAUUUGUUUGCGCUUUAACCCUUAUUUCACUUAUUUGCAAUAAAUUUUUACAUGGUUUAUGUUAAUCUCAAGUUUGGUUGGUUACCAUUCAAAAAAAAAGUUUGGUUGGUUAAUAGGAGUAAUUUUUUUAGAAAACUUUUGGUUUUUGUUUUUUGUUUUGCUCCCCUUUACCAUUUUUUUACCCAAAAA